AUGUAUUGUAUUCUUUUCUUUGUUCUUGCCUGCGUUUCGUGUCGUCCAGCUUUGGUUGCAAAAGAUAUCAACCUUGUGAAUGUGCCAGUUGUCGAAAAUGGGAUGCUUGUCGCCCCAGAGGCAACUUCAGCGGUUGUUCAAACUUCUUCAGUGGUAAUAGCGGUACGCAGUUCUACGGCAUACUCAGUAUCAUCGGCAACGGUCCCAGUGCCAAGCCCUUCAAAUACUGGUUCGACCGGUAGCACGGAGUUUUACAGCGGCGCUGCAGGCAUUGCGUAUUCUCCGUAUCAGAAAGAUGGUCAAUGCAAGACUUUGGAGAUGGUUCAAGCGGAUUUAAUCCAGAUCCAGAGUUUUGGUAUCAUCCGCACCUAUGCCACAGACUGUAACGUGUUAGAUAACCUAAAGGCAUCCUUGAUACCGUCUCAGAAAAUCAUGGUGGGGAUUUGGGAUCUCACCAAAAUUCCCGAUAGUGUGAACGCCAUUUCGUCAGCAUUUGGUACAGAUUUCAGCGCUGUUUACGCCGUUUCUGUUGGAAAUGAGCUUGUAAACUCCGGAUCGGCGACUGUGGAUGAUAUUCAAAAUGCAGUAAGCUCGGCAAGAAGCCAGCUUGCUGCAAUCGGAUACAACGGUCCAGUUGUGACUGUGGACACUUUGGUGGCCGUAAUGGCCAAUCCGGAAAUGUGCGAAAUUUCUGAUUUCUUGGCCGUGAAUUCUCAUCCGUACUGGGACGGUAAUGUAGAUGCCACCAAUUGCGGACCGUGGCUGCAACAGCAAAUUGCAAAUUUACAGGCCAAAUGCGGCUCUCAAAAGUCGGUUUUGAUCACCGAAACAGGAUGGCCUAGCCAGGGAGAUCCGAACGGCAACUGCUGGCCUUCCCAGGCUAACAUGGAAUCCUGCAUUGCCUCGAUAACCAGCACGCUGGGGUCUCAAGCCUUGUUGUUUACGACGUAUAACGACUACUGGAAAAACCCAGGCCCGCAAAACGUCGAGCAGCAUUGGGGCGUUUUUGGCGAUCCGGCCAAUUGA